GAGCACGUCCUGGUUGCCUCUCGCAUAUUGACCUACUCGACCAUGGAAGGUAGAAGCCUCGACGAACAGGAGAAGGAGAUCAACGACAUCCUCCGCAAAGCCUUUCGGUCACCACCAAAGACGGCUCACAGAAAAGAGGCCUUGAAACGACUCAUUGACUUAGCACAUUCUCCCCAUUCCAAGCUCAAGAUCAUCGUGGCUCAGAACUUCAAGAUCUUUAUCAAGGAGUUUCCUGACCUUGAAGACGAUGCCAUCAACGCGGUGUAUGACCUCUGUGAAGACCAGGUGACAAAGGUCCGAAUAUGCGGGUACAGAGCAAUUGCAGACGUGUCGAAGGAACAGCCAAAGUGGGUGAAGAGGAAUGCGGACGUGCUGGUACAACUGCUACAGAGUGAUGAACCAGACGAAGUCUCAGUCGUCAAGCGCAUGCUCUCCGAACACCUCGACAUGGACCCUGCUGUCACGCUAGGUGUCCUGUGUGAUCAGAUUGUGCCGCCUGAUGAACCCCUGGACGAAGAGGAGCAAGCCAUCCGAACACGACUACGCUCGCUGGUGUUAGCAUUCAUGACAGGUGAAGCGAAGCGUGCCGUAGAACGGCAUACAAGUACCCCCGGUAGCGCAGCAGAAGAGACCCUUGUCAGCGGAUUAUUGAGGGCGGUCGACAAACUGGCUCCGACAGAUAUAGACAUCAUUGUGAAGGACAUACUGUUGUCGUUGCCAUCCUUCAAGCCCAGCUCGCCACGCGGCAAACAACUACUUGACGCCGUCCUGGAGAAGGCCAAAGCGUCUCUCAAGGCUGACCUCUUGCCCUCUGACGCACAAUCGCCGCUGACUGAUUCUCGGUACUACCUGGAGCUUGCUUCAUACAUCGCCGUCCAGAAGCGCGUGGCGCAUCCCUCACAUCUGCUACGCUUCCACUUUACCUCCCAACUUGCUGCGAAAGCCACUCUGCUUGGACUCACUGAGGACGCACGAGCGUUCGUGAUAUCCAGUGUCGGCGACAUUCUCGAUGCUUGUGAAGCCAGCCCUCUCGAAGGUGCAAGUAUGCCCCCGCAAGAGGAUGCGGCUUUGCGCAGGCAAACACCCGAUUUGUGUCUUGUAUACCUACAGGUUUUCUCAGAAACGCAGUUCACUUCCGAGCAACGGCCUUGGAAAGCCUGUCACAUCUUUCUCAAGAUCUGUCUCCGCCAUCACACCGAGUACAAGUGGGCACUGCCUCCAGCACUACAGAGCUCCCUCCAGAGCAUCCAGAAGCUACUCGCCGCGCAAGACCAAGACGCGAAGGUGGACAACGAGCAGGACAUCCAGAGUGUCAUCAGGUCUCUCCAGCCUGCUAGCAGGCCCCCCGUGCCCGCGCCGCCCCCGGCAGCACCCGCGACUACUAACGUCCCACAAGGUACGAGUAGCAGCGUCAACACCAGCACCAGCCCCGGCGGCACCUCGCCCAAGGCGGAGCGGCGCAUCAUGAACGUCAAGCGCAAGCAUGAAGAUAAGCCUGCGGGUCUCCCGCCUCGUCCAACGACGAGCAUGCCGACGAACGGGGCGCCACCAUCAACACCAUCGACGUCGCGGACGGCCCAGCAGCGUGCAUCAACAUCCCAAACGCGCCCUCUAGCAGGACUCGCCAUCGCAGGUGCGGCCGCGCGCAACGGGCACGUCGCGAUAGUUCAGGAGGACGAGCCCCGGGCUGCGAAGCGCGCGAAGAAGGGGGGCGGCAUCGACGACUCCCCGUCGCUGCUCAGCCGCAUGGCAGCACCCUCGAAAGGGAGCCCGGCCGGAGAUCGCGGAGCAGAAACUGGGAAGCGUCGCGUGGACUCGGCACCAGUGUCAAUGACCCAGCCACGCCAGGGCAAGCAAGAUUCGGGCAAGAACCCGGUGGUGGGCUUCAGCAUCAAGGGCGCAGCGAAAGCUUCGGGCGCGGGUAAUGGGCAGAGUAGUCCGACGCCCCGGACGUCGUUGCUGGCGAGAAUGCAGGGGGACGAGCAGUCGGGCUCGGGCGGGAGGAGAAAGAAAAGGACUAAGACGUCGUAACAUCUGUUUUGUAUUGAUACACAGCCGUGAAGUGUACGCGAAUGGUUCUGCAGUGACCCAUCCUAUCAAGCGCGUAACUCAAUCUGCACUGGAGUCUAUUCUAUCUAUAUCCGUGUGCUAUUAGUUACAUGACUGAGAACGGUAUGAACAAGAAUGCAUCGUAAGUAU